AUGAAGUUCUCCAUCAUUGCCGCUCUUGUCGUUGUGCUGGCUGUUGCCCAUGGCACUGAGGCCAAGUCAGUGGUGAAGCGUGACGCCCAGUCUGAUAUGGACAAGUUCGCCAAGCUCAUCAGUGAGAUGUCGGCCAGCAUCACCAGCACCACCCAGGACAUGGUGGAGAAGGUCAAGGCUCUGGAGGUGACCAACACUGCCCAGACUUACGUGGUGGACAGCAUGUCCAAGAUCCAGACUCUGGCUGAGAGGGUCCAGGCCGAGGCCACCAACCUGCAGGAGCAGGCCAAGCCCUACAUCGGCAACAUCGAGGAGCACAUCAGGCCCAUGACGGAGAACUUCAAGACUCUGACCGACAACUUACAGGCCCAGGUGAAGACUCUGACCGACAUGAUGCCCAGGUUCUUCCAGCAGGUGAUGGACCAGAUCAAGGAACUGCUGCAAGCCCAGUAA